AUGUUUACUCAUAACAAGAAUCUUUACUUACAAAAAAAACUAUUACAUUUAGAGUUUAAUUUAGAAACAAGACUUUUAGAUAAGUGUGUGGAAAGAGCAAGAAAUGUAGAAACCAUAGCUAUAAAUGUAGAACCAAAACCUUUAACCCCUGACCAACCCAAUAUACCAGUUAAAAAUUGUGAUGUUACCAGACGUCCUUUAGGAUUUGGUAGAAAUGGAGUAUUAAAAAUUAAAAGAGAUCUUCAUGAUAAAGAUUGUAAUAUAAGAGUAGCUGCUUUGAGUACAUUACUGGAAUUAUUUAGAAAUCCAGAAAUUAUUUAUACGGGUAUUAAUCAGGGGUUUGUGUAUGCAUUGGUCGAUUUAACAUUGGAAGAAAUGCCAUACAUAAGAGAAAGAUCAUUAAUGGUACUAUCCAUAAUUGCUACUGUAAAUGAAGGAAAAAAUAAAAUAGUAAAUAAUUCUAGGCUUCUCCAAAAUUUUAAAGAUCUUUUAAAUGAUGAUAAUAUUCUUGUCAGAUAUCAGUUAGCAGUUCUGCUUAAAGAGGUUUCCGAAUCGUGGGAAGCAUCUUUAAUUUUACAAGAUAAUAAUUUUAUUAAAUAUAUAAUGGAAAGGUUGGAUAUUGAUCCAACUGAAAUAAAAAUUCUUCAUUUAAACGCCUUAAAAAAUCUCAUGUAUUGCCAAGGUGCAUGUCAGGCCAUUCAUAUCCUAAAUGCCUACGCAGUUUUUUGCAAAUUUCUGGAGGAUGACAAUAAAUAUAUUUUGGAAGGCGCCUUGGAGUGUUUGAGAGAACUAACAACUACCAAAGAAGGUCGAAACUUGGCAUACAAAAAUAACCUUUUGUUUAAACUUAAUGACCUUAUACACGAUCCCCGCCCUGAGGUUCAUAUAGCUGCUGCAGGAGUUAUGAUGAACGUCACAAUCAAACUAAAGACUAAAAUAGUUGCCUUUGAAUUCAAAAAUUUGCCAUUACGACUAAUUAACUUGGCACAGAACAAUCUUAAUCCGCGUAUUCAAUUAUUCUGUUUAGAAACAUUGUAUAAUAUAUGCGAAUAUCCUAAAAUAAGAAAACAAAUACAAACCAAAUAUGAGAAGGAGUUUUCCAAAAUUAAAGUUUCUAGUGAACUUUUGGAUAUAAAAAAGAAAUUACAAUCUGUACUUUAUUGGAAUGAAUAA